GCAGAUGACGCGGGUGAUUCAAUGUUUAGGCUCAAACCAAUCAAGGUGAGAGCCCAAAGCCCCAAAGCCGUGCGGCUGGGCCCCAAUGAGAAGAGGACGAUGCUGAGGUGGGCAACAAACUUUGAUCAAAUCGCUGGUACGACUCAAUACCAAGGCAUCACGAAUAGCCUGCCAACGACUUCCCUGCCGCGGACGCGGACGUCGCGGACGCCCACCACGCGCAGGGCGGAGGAGGAGGAGACGCUGCCGGAGGCACAGCCCGCGGAGGCAGAGGCGCUGACAGAGGAUUGGCGCGCCUUCCGGGCACGGCUGGUGCAGCAGGAGGGAAGUGAGGGAAGUGAGGGAAGUGAAGAGAACUCCGAGAAGGACAAGUGGGCGUACGAGUUGCCCAUCAUUGAGCAGGGCGCCAUCUUGCUGUCAGAGCCCAAUGAUCAUUUCUGCGUCAAUCAGCAGUAUUUCCACAAGAACGUCAUUUUUCUCGUAGAUCAUCAGCCAGAUUUUACAAAGGGCGUGAUUCUGAACCGACCCACUGCUUACCGCACCUUAGAUCUGGAAACCUCCUUGAAGUUUGACAACUUCUCGCACGAGGGCGUGGAUGAUUGGAAUGUUUGGUGUGGAGGUGACUGCCAAGGGAUAAAUAGUCGGGGCCGCAUUCCCCCAGAGUACUCCGUCCUUCAUGGCUUAGAAAGACUGGAAGAUGUGAGCCAAACCAUCACCAAGGGAGUCUAUGCCAUCAGUCUGGAAGAUGCCAAGGCUUUAGUCAAAGAAGGCAAAGCUGAUAAGGACGAUUUCCUCUUGUUGGUGGGCUACUGUGGAUGGAGUGCGGGCCAACUUCAAAGUGAGUUGAACCGACAAGACACCUGGACCAUGGCUUCCGUGGAGCCUGGCCUGCUACUGGGACAGCUGAGAGAAGAGCAAGCGGAACUGAGACGCCGGAUCGCCAAAGCGCAGGAAGGAGACGUCUUCACAGCAGCAGAUGUGGGGGAUGGUUUGAUGAUGUGGGAGAGGCUCUUUGAGCGGCUGGGCUCCAAGUACCAGGCCAAAUUAGAGGACUUCAAGGCUGGCGGCGAAAACGACCAUUCGGACGAGAUGUUGCGGCGCUGGAUCAAUCGAUGCCUCAUUCCCACCAGAUACAGCCCCGAAGCAGCCGAACCACAGGAUGUCGUGGAAAGAGUUCUCCAGUCUUUGAAAGAAGAUGUGGUCGAAGGAAGCGUGCUCUGGGGCUCGGCCACCAGUUGGUUGCUGGGGAAACCCUUCGAAGACGAGCGCUUGAGCAGGCUUCCGCCCGCGCAGUACUUCCACAAGGCAGUGUUGCUGGUGAUCAAGAAUGAGAAGGACCCAUGA